AUGACUAUAGAGAGGGUGACAACGAUCAUGGUGAAGAAGCAGGUACCUCCAAUCAGUGGAAUGACCAGAGCCGUAGAGGUAAUGAUUUCCGUUGAUGAGUACCAGGAAAACUGUGAGGGGAAAGGCGGACGGAUACUAAACACGGGCUUCAUAAAGAAUGUGAUUGAAAGACUUGGCAGUGAGAAUGCACUGUACCGCUUUGGAGAAAGGAAAGUCACUCUACCUCAGAUGAUUCCUGCUUUUGAAGCUGAGUGUCAGAAGGUAGCCGCUUCUAAUCAGGAACUGUCUCUCCUGCACAGUUCUCAGCUCAGAAGCUUUUCAGUGACGUUGGGCAGGAUUGCUCCGUGUCCCUGGCCAAUAUCUUGGGUGGAUACACGAGCAGCGAGACUGCGUCGGCUAGGAUUCUGUCCCGUAUUGGAGAACCGUUUCGACCCUUUCACCAGUGAUCUCCAGCCACCCUCAGCUUGCGGCUGUACUCACAAGCCCUUCCUGAAAAAUGUCCCUCAAGUGGAUAUGUUGAAUAUUAAGCCGGGCGUGAGGAUCCACUAUGUGGACAUGGGAGCACGGACCCCAGCCUGUUCUCCCUGUGCCAUGGCUUCCCCGGAGAAUUGGUUUUCCUGGAGGUAUCAGAUUCCGGCUUUGGCUGAUGCUGGAUUUAGGGUUCUGGCUCUUGACAUGAAAGGCUACGGUGACUCCACUGCUCCAGCAGACAUUGAGGAGUAUUCUCAAGAACAGAUCAUGCUGGAUCUGGUGACAUUUUUGAAUAAAUGGUGUCCUCAGAGCAUCCACACAGCCAUGUUUGGCAACAGAACUGAGAGCUGGAGACCUCAAGCGGUUGAGGACCUGUUUUUUACAAAAGUCUGUUCAACCAUAUUUGACACAUCAUUUCCUAGCACCGCUGGAGUCUGCCAGAGAGGUGGAUUGUUUGUGGGGUCACCUGAAGAUCCGCCCCGCAGUGCUAUUCUGAGCGAGUCUGCGCUGCAGUACUACGUUCAGCAGUUCACCAAGAGUGGCUUCAGGGGUCCUCUGAACUGGUACCGUAACGGGGAAAAGAACUGGCUUUGGAUGUGUUCCAGGCCGAGGGGCAAGAUCAUGAUGCCAGCUUUCAUGGUGACCGCAGGAAAGGACCCUGUUCUUCUGCCAGCCUUUGCCGCAGGCAUGGAGAACCUGGUCCCUAACCUCACCAGAGGCCACAUUGAGGAGUGUGGCCACUGGACUCAGAUAGAGAGGCCUACCGAGCUCAAUAAAAUCCUCAUCUCCUGGCUGAAGGCAACACACCAGAAAGCCUCUAUCCCUGUUCAUCCCAAGUUAUGAGAGCAUGAUCUUGAUUUAACCAGCUAAAGCGCACUAAUGUCCAGGCUUGCUGAUAGCAUAAUAAUAGUCCAUUGUGAGUGGAUUUCAGUAGUUCAGUACUUUUCAUAUAAAGUCUUCUGUAAUGCACUGCAAUAAUGAAGAACUGUUUUAAAGACGAUGUCUAUUUAUACUGUGCAAAUAGCAUAGUAUCUUCACAUUUCACUUUUAGUUCAAUUAUUUCUGUUUACAUUUCCUGUGAACAGCAUCUGUUACUGUUUGAACUCUGCCUUUUUUAACAUUUUUUAUUAACAGCUUUGCUUUGCAAAAGAUAACAAAUAAAUAAUCAUUUGCAUUGUAAUAAAGCAAAUCAUGACUGCUUUCUUCAAGAAUCA